CACAUGACUCGCAGCAUGAUCACAUGAUCAAACAAAAUGGCGGCAGUAUCAACUGUUGUGAUUGUUUUUAUAACCACUGUCAUCAGCUUUUCGGCAUUAAUAUCCAAGGUGAAUGGUGCCAAUUUCACAAUAGAUUAUGACAAGAACACAUUCCUGAAGGAUGGGAAGCCUUUCCGCUAUGUGUCCGGGAGUAUCCACUACAGUCGAGUCCCACAAUACUACUGGAAAGACAGACUCCUUAAGAUGCAUGCUGCUGGACUUAAUGCCAUCCAACUAUAUGUGCCUUGGAAUAUUCACCAACCAGAGAAAGAUAAAUAUGACUUCUCAGGACAACAGGAUUUGGUGGCCUUUCUACAAACUGCUCAGGAUGUUGGCCUACUAGUCGUGAUGAGGGCAGGACCAUACAUCUGUGGAGAGUGGGACUUUGGUGGUUUUCCUGCAUGGAUCCUGAAGGAAAAUCCCACAACAGUAUUCAGAACUAUGGAUCCAACUUAUAUUAAGUAUGUAGACCAGUGGAUGGAUGUCCUGUUACCAAAGCUGAAGCCCCUCCUCUAUAAUAAUGGCGGCCCGGUUAUCAUGGUCCAAAUCGAGAAUGAGUAUGGGAGUUACUUCGCCUGUGAUAAGAACUACACGACACAUCUCCGUGACAAGGCCAGGUUCCAUCUGGGGAAGGAUGUUGUGCUCUUCACUACCGAUGGCAGCUCGGACGGUUUCCUCAAGUGUGGCUAUAUCCCAGAGGUGUAUGCCACAGUCGACUUUGGAGUGUCUUACAACCCAGCUGGCAGUUUUAAGGCUCAGAGAGAUUAUGAACCUCAUGGCCCUCUGGUGAACUCCGAGUUCUACACAGGCUGGCUUGACCAUUGGGGUCAGAAACAUUCAGUGACCGACACCAACAAAGUGGCCAAAAGUCUUGACCUCCUCCUGGAUUAUGGUGCCAACAUCAACAUGUACAUGUUUGAAGGUGGAACCAAUUUUGGCUUCUGGAAUGGUGCAAACUACGCUCCGUUCCAGCCUGUCCCGACUAGCUACGACUACGACGGGCCACUCACAGAGGCAGGGGACAUAACUGAUAAGUACCUGGAAUUACGUCAGAUCAUAUCAAAGUACCUACCCCUGCCUGAUAUACCAAUACCUCCUUCUACACCAAAAGCCAACUAUGGAGAAGUACAGAUGAAAUUUGUAGCUACAUUACAAGACGCCCUGUCCCAGCUGAGUCCCAAGGGUCCAAUCAAAACCCAGUAUCCAGUUACUAUGGAGUCCAUAAGCCAGUAUCAGGGGUUUGCCCUGUACCGAUACACCCUGAAGAAAAACGUAGUGUCUCAAACGUUAGCUGUACCGGGCAUCAGAGAUCGAGGUUACGUCAUGGUCGACAAGGUACCACAGGGAGUCGUUGUCAGGGAGAAGUCUACAAAUGUGACUAUAACAGGCAAGCAGGGAGCAACACUGGACAUACUGGUGGAGAAUCAGGGACACAUCAACUUCGGCAGCGGCAUAAACAAUAACACCAAGGGUAUCAUCCAGAAUGUAACCCUUGACGGAGAGAUGCUGGUCGACUGGAUGGUGUUCCCGCUAUCUUUGGACAAUAUCAACCCAUCAAACAUCCCUCUGGGGGAUGGGCCUAAGUCUGCAGCAGGACUGAUGACUCCGUCUAUCUACGAGGGUAAACUGACCAUAAGUGGCAGCACGUGAAGAUACCUACCUGGACAUGACUGGAUGGACAAAGGGUCAGGCUCUUCUACAAGGUCAAAUCAAUCUGGGUCGUUACUGGCCAAAGGAGGGCCCACAGGUUCGUCUGUUUGUCCCUAAGCCUUACCUGAAGGCAGCGCCGGUCAAUAACAUGCUCCUGAUGUUUGAGAUAGAGGGAGCUCCCUGUCAGACUACAGCAUCGUGUAUGGUGAACUUCGUUGACCAGCCUCUCAUCAACAGCACAAACUCUGGUCAACAGGAAGGUCGGAGAGGGUUACUUCUGGCACAAGGAACAUUAGUGCCCAGAUCAUUGUCUUAAUGGUCUACAAAUCUAAAGUGCCAUUAGUUGUCAGCAUGAUUUCUCAACAGGACUGACUCAACUCCACAUAAAUAUAUAUACGUAUAUGAUCAGCCAAAUCAGGAAACUUAUCUGUGGUUGCGGUUUCGUAUGUCAGAAUUAAAUGUCCAGUAAUUAUGUAUACUUUAAGGAAGAAAAUAUAGUAUUGUUAUUGUCAUAUGAUUAAUUCUUGUGAUACUCAUCUGUAAUCUAUCAUAAGAAUUUUCAGAAUUCUUACUUCCAAAUUGCCAUACCUUUUCAUGUUUGAGUAGGAAAAAUCUGAUGUUAUACAUAAAGCAUUUACAAUUGUACAUACAUGCAUUUAGAAAAGAAAUAUGAUGUAACAACUAUGAUAUCAUGAUGUAAUCUCAUGUUUUGAUAUGCUUAUGUACUUAAAAAUCCAAGGGUUCUCGGUAUUUACCUUGGUUUUGUUUUGAUAUGCUUAAUAUAUGUACUUAAAAAUCCAAGGGUUCUGGGUAUUUACCUUGGUAGAAGUAAUAUUUACAUUCUCUAUCACAGGUUUUCUUUUUCUUUUAUUCAAACAACACCAAUAGUAUUAUACACUGUAACCUAGUUAGCAUAUCCUCUCUAAAGUUUGUAACAACAAAUGUUUUCAGUAAUUAAAGAAAACAGAAAUUUGAUUUAAUGUUUGUAAAUCUUCAAGAAACCAAAACUGAGAUUCCCAGAUAUUGAGGAGGAACACUUCAGUGUUAUAAACCAAGUACUGAACAUUGCCACACCUAUCAAUUCAGAUAGUGUUUUAUAGAACCGAACUUAUAGAGUACUGUAUUAAUUCUGAUAAAGCUUUUUUGAACAACUCAGUACUCCCUUACAUACUUUCAGACUUUUGAAGUUGAGGUAUUUCUAAUAUCUUGAUAUUUGCUCAAAUCUUUAUAAUGUAUCGGUCUCUGCUCACAUUAAAUUACUUCAUUACAUAGAACAUUUGUUUAUCAAAGACAUUUAUUUGUUUCCUCAAAUAGAAGUAAUUUCUUUGUUCAUGCCUGUUAGAUAUUAUAUUUUUAGAUUUUGCCAAACUGUCUUGACAGCCACAUCAUGUGAUAUUGAGUUAUUUUGGGGAUGACUUUUUCUCAACUUAUUAUGGAUGAAUUUUAAUUUUGAUACCAUAAUAUUUCUGAGGCUACAUAUGUACAUAUAAAUCUAACCUCACAGCUUUUAAAGCAGGAUUUUUCACCAUUAUACACUAAUUCACAUCAUCCACAUGGCUGGAUUUACAAUAGCUUUAUAUUUAUACAAAUUAACACCACAGUGAUCAAACUGAUGCAACAUAGUUUUACUUCCAAGGUCAAUGAUGAUAACAACUUUUCCAAGGAUGAAUAGCAUCUUAUACUGUUGACACAAAAUACAUGGAUACAUAGGCUUUAAGAUUUGAUACCGAUUGUUUGGUAGAAUCUAGAUCAGAUAAACUCUUGAGUUAUGUACACUGUAUCUGUGAGAUAUGAUAGACUGGGUUAGCUGCCUUAGUACCUUUUCUCUCCACUAGGUUGCGCUGAGAUAGGCAAUCUAAUUAAAAUCUAGAUGGUCAUUAUCACUACGUUACAUGUACAUCUAACAACAUCCCAUAAGGGGUCACGUCAGGGUGACCUUUAGGAUUAGCCA